CAAUUCCUUUUAGCCCACAACAAGAAACCAAAUACUGAUUUCAGUUAGAAAAUUGUUGAGAACUCAUUUUUGAUUAUCCAUUGGAGAGUUGUAUCUUUCUUCAAAUUCCUACAAUGAAACGUUAUGGUACUCAGAAGGGUGCUUCAGCUUCUCCUCAUAAAGAGGGUAGGUAUACCUCAGAAGAUAUAAAAUUUGAUGCAAGUCAGUAUGAGUUUUUUGGGAGAAAUGUGGUAGAGCAUGAAUUGGAACAAGGACCAAAAUUUGAUAAAAGCACAGAUCAUCAACACUUUCUGUCAUCAGGAAAACUCAAGGGUAAAUAUGUUGGAUCCCAGACUUGUGUUGAUGAUCUUGCAAUUUCUUUCACAAAGCUGAACAAGAUUAGUGAACCAACAAAUGCAAGAGCAAUUAUUGAGAGGAGAAUUUCUAAUUCUUCCAUGCCAAGAAUAUUCUACAGGAGAAAGAGAGGAACUGUAAAAUGGUAUAAUAAUGAAAAAGGGUAUGGAUUUAUAACACCAGAUGAUGGUGGGGGAGAUGUAUUUGUACAUUACUCUUCUCUGAAAUGUGAUGGGUGUAUACACCUUUGCCCAGGGACACAUGUGGAAUUUGAAAGUAUUUUUUCUGCCUCUGAUUCCAAAAUGCAAGCAAUUAAUGUCAGUGCUCCUUAUGGCAGAUUGCUUCAAGACAGUAGAAAACUAGCCACUUGUAAGAUAGGGAUUGGUCCUUGUUUUAACUGUGGUCAAUCUGGUCAUGUAGCCAAGAAUUGUUGCCUUUCAAGCCAGCAGAAGAUGGCCAGGCAAUCUAAUGAAUGGGAAAAUAGGACAUGAUCUAGCUAGUAAUUCUCCCUUAUAAAUGGUUUGCUUCUUUAUUUGGUUAAUUUAAUUGGGAUAUUUUUCCUUUUUUUAUUUUAUAUUCUUGUAUUAGUUUAGUGACUUUUAAAUCUUAGCAUUCCUUCUUCUAA